GUUAAUUUUCCUCCCCCUUCAAAGCACAAGAUACAUUCUGGGAAAUCCUAUAUUAUGUAAGAACUUGGGAUUUAGGAAAAAAGGAUUUAAUCUGUUAUAUAUUCCACCUUUAUUCUCAAAGUAGCUUUAUCCCUUUACUGCAUAGCUCUGCCCCAACAUAUACAUCUUUGAUACUUCUAUACAUCAGUAGCACAUAAAACAGUUCUUUGAGAUUCCAUUUGAAAUUUUGACAAUGAACUAUUCAGUUAAUAUUGGUAUCCUACUUUUGGUGCUUUGUGAACUUCUGGACAAGAAUCAUUUUUGUCUCUUUCACUUCCAGUUUUUCAAGACUUCACCAGUGGGAAGCUGGUGGAAGUCGAGAUUUCCUGGGCUUGAAGAGAGGCCCCGUCCUUCCAUUGACUGCUGCGUGAGGUCGGCGCGUUCCUGUGUCGUCAUCAGGCCGCGCCGCCACUGCCGGUGUUUCUUUAGAACCCGCGUGCGGUGCGGUGUUGUCUGAGCCAUUCGGGAUCCCGGAGGCGGGUUUUGGGCUUAGUGGGUCUGUCUUCCGGCCUCGUGUCCAGUGCCGGCGCCCGUACUCCUCCAGAAUGGCGAUGCUGGCUGAACCUCGGAGGAAGCAGAAAUGGUCUGUGGAUCCAAGGAACACUGCGUGGAGUAAUGAUGAUUCCAAGUUUGGCCAAAAAAUGCUGGAGAAGAUGGGAUGGUCCAAGGGAAAGGGUCUAGGGGCUCAGGAGCAAGGAGCCACAGAACAUAUUAAAGUUCAAGUUAAAAACAACCAGCUUGGGCUGGGAGCCUCAGCCAAUCAUGAGGACAACUGGCUGGCUCCCCAAGAGGAAUUUAAUCAGCUUCUUGCUGAAUUGAACAGUUGUCAUGGACAAGAAGCAAAAGAUUUUUCCGACAAGGAGAAGAAAUCGUUUAGCCUUGAAGAGAAGUCCAAGUCCUCAAAAAGACGUGUUCACUACACAAAAUUUACAAAGGGAAAGGAUCUUUCUUCUCGGAGUAAAACAGAUCUAGAUUGCAUUUUUGGGAAAAGGCAAAAGAGCGAGAUUUUGAAGGAAGAUCAUAAUUCCAGUGCUGCAAGUGAGGAAAAAGCCACUCCCACCAUGACCAGUAACCUCACUGUACAGGAAUAUUUUGCCAAACGAAUGUCAGAGCUAAAGAACAAGUCAUCAGCCACACACACCACUUCUGCUGAAACCAACCCUUUUGGAGAAAAAAGGACUAAGCAGAAGAAAGAGAAGAAGAAAAGGAAAGAAGCCAGGGACUGGGACAGACCCAAGGCCAAACAUCCCAAAAAGGAGAGUCUGGAGGAGGGGGACGAGGGGGGAUGGCACGCUGACUAUAAGUCAGAGAAAAAGACCCUUGCUGAGAAUAGAGGCCCUGCUUAUAUGCAGUGCCUGGAUGCUUCUCCCCAGAAGAGAUCAGUUUGUGAUGAACAAGAGACCUCCACCACAGAACGGAAAAAGAAAAAAAAGAAAAAGCAAGAGGAAAUGGUCAUGAAAUCUGCCCAAGAUCAAAAAUCAGAGAGGAGGAAAAAGAAGAAGAAGAAGAAGGAGGAGGAGGAGGAGAAAGAAGGCCUGGAAUAAAGAAGGUGCCCUUACUUGGACUUUCAUAUCAUUUGAAUGUCAUAAUACUUUUAGUGCAGCCUUAUACAAAAAAAUAAAAUAAAAUAAAACAACAACGAAAAAGAAAUCCAAAGAAAGAAAGAAGCUUUGGCCUGAAGUCAGAGCAGAGUUUACCCAAGAUGAUUGUUCACAUCUUUUAACAUGCCCAUGGAUUGCCGGGUCUCGCCCUCUCAUCACAUUUUUUCCCGACUAAAAAAAUUCCCAGAAGAACUUGAAAAAUGAUCCAAAUCAUGUCUCUCUGAAGCAAGUUUAUUUUUAAGACCCUGGAUCCUACAUUGUUUAUAUAUCUGGGAGGCGGGAGGGAGAGUAGAGGAGGGAGAAACAUAUGUGAGGUAUAUAUGCCUUUGCAUAUGCACACACAGAUAUUUGAAUUUUCCACUACUUCCUUUGGCAAUAAUAAAUUAUGCUUCCUUUUGAAAGAUUUGCUCUAAUUAAAGGAUUAUGAGUCGAUGCUGGAGAAUAUAACCAAAUAGUUCCUAUUGUUCUCUAGCCAACCAAUAUAUUUGUGCCAAGUAGGAAUUAUGUGAUUUUUUUUUUUUUUGCCCCAGAUAGGCUUUCUGUAUGGACAUUUCUGUUGCUUCUACUCCACUGAUCAGUGGCUAUCAAGCAUUCCAAAGAUUCUAAAUGACUUCAAACUAUUAUCAUUGAACUAGAUUCUCUGUGUAGUUUUGGUCUGCUAAGUGUUAUAAGAGACUUUUUGUGUCUACGUUGAAUUUUACCCUUUCUGAGCUAUUUGCAUGUAUUUGGUUGUACCUGAUGCCAAAUUAGCCAUAGCUCUGGAAUAUUACCCCAAUUACAAUAAUCACAUAUGCAAAAUCUACCAAAAUAAAAUAAAAACUGAAAGCUAAAGAUUUUCAGAUUAUUAACUUCAUAUUGAAAUUGAACUUAUUCUUUGGAUUCUGUCUCACAUCACUGCUAUAU